UAAACUAUCUGGCAUUUAUUACUGUAAUGCAACAAUAAAUCAUUUACAAGAAGUCGAUAAUUGCAGUGAAUCGUCAAUCAGCCCCGAAUACUCGACAAAACAAAUCAAAAUAACUGCUCAGUCUAGUGUUAAGCCUAGUAUAAUAGAUACCAAUAUGAAAGGUCAAGUGAUAAAUGUUUUACCAAACGCUAUUCACGAGUUUUAUUGUGCAGCUCAAGGUAAACCAAAACCUAAAGUUGAAUGGUUCAAGAAUGGGACGCUUUUAAGGCCAACAAGAAGAUUUGUUUUUCAUUCGACUAACAAUAAGCAACGAUUGAUCAUCAAUGGACUGAUAGAGAAUGAUUUGGGUGAAUACAAGUGUAUAGCGUCUGUUCGUGGUGACAAUGUGUCUGCCGUUGCCUACUUAUCAUUUUCAAAAGAAUCCAAUAAAAGCUUGAUUAGUUUACUAAUUAUAACUUCACUCAUUUUCGCCUUAGCAUUGUGUGUCACUGCUUGCAUCGUCGUCAAGUAUUGCAAGGCGAAGCAUCUUCAGUAUUUAACUUCCAACCUUUUGAGUCCAAUAACUUCCAUGAAUUCGUUCAAUCCUGAUCUUCCUUUAGAUGAACAAGUUGACUUGUUAUCUUAUGAUUCUGCUUGGGAGUUUCCACCUGAUCGACUGAAAAUAAUCCAAACUCUUGGUGAAGGUGCUUUUGGUCGAGUUGUUCUGGCUCAAGCAAUUGGCCUUGGCCAAACUGAUUCAACACAACUCGUUGCAGUUAAAAUGCUGAAACCAAAUGCUGACUUUUUACAAAUCAAAGCAUUAAUUUCUGAACUCAAAAUACUCAUUCACAUGGGUCAUCAUCUGAAUAUUGUCAAUUGCCUUGGUGCAGUAACUAAAAACAGGACUCAUGAUCAGUUAAUGGUUAUUGUUGAAUACUGUAAAUUUGGCAACUUAAGAAACUUUCUAAGAGAACGAAGAAAAAUUUUCAUCGACCAAAUCGAUCUUUAUGACCAAAAUGAUGAAUCCUCAAAUGAUGACAACUUUUCAAAGCCAAAUAAGCACGAUAGUUACGUUGAACCUCAUAGUCUGAAUGGGAAUAGUUGCUCUUCCAUCAAUCACGAUUCUGGUAAUUGUAGUAACUCUAAUGACGAACGUCGAGCUUUCAUUACAGAAAGCAAACUCGAGCUAGAUUCCAACGAUAAUGAACAGUUAGCAACACGUAAUUUAAUUGCAAUCGCUUUUCAAGUGGCCAGAGGAAUGGAAUAUUUACAACAGAAAAAAUUGAUUCAUCGUGACUUAGCUGCUCGAAAUGUUCUUGUGGCCGAUAAAGGAGUCGUUAAAAUAUGUGACUUUGGUUUGGCGAAAGACAUUCAGAAGGAUUACAAUUACAUCAAGAAGGUCGACACUCCAUUGCCCAUAAAAUGGAUGGCCAUUGAGUCAAUUGGUGAUCGACUCUACACAACUCAAUCUGAUGUCUGGUCAUUUGGGGUACUUUGGGAAAUAUUCACUUUGGGUAGAUCUUAUCCAGGUUUACCUGCUGAUCAACACUUCUAUGUCAAGUUGGUUAAAGGAUAUCGAAUGGAGAGACCAGACAAAUGUCCACAAAUCAUUUAUAAGAUAAUGACAGAUUGUUGGCUAUCCAUUCCAAUUGAACGACCCAAUUUUAGACAGUUGGUCAAUAGAUUGGGUGAACUGAUCGACGAAUCCAUCCGUGAUUAUUAUAUUGAACUGGACACUACUUAUAAGAAUAAUGAAGCUCUUAAACUUGGCAAAGAUAAUACUCAUGAACAUAGUUAUCUAACGAUGGGCUCAUCGUCCAACUUAAAAUUAAAAAAUGAAUAUGAAUACAACAGUUACAUGACUAUGGGUGAAUCUUCAGGUAAUAAAAAGACUGUAGAUAUGAAGUCCUCUUCUGAUAAUCCAUUCCCACAUUACGAUGCUAUCAAAAUUAGAAAAGAAAAUAUAAAUCCAAUGGAAGUUGUACCGAUGAUUCAUUUUGAUGACUGAACAAACACCGAAAAUUAUCUUCUCAUUAUUAUUAUCUUCUUAAAAUAAUAUAUCAAUUUAAUGCUAAUACUAUAACCCGAUUAUUUUAUUGAAGAGCAUCAAUAACAAUCUGAAAUAUUGAAUAAGGUUUAACAGGGAUUCUAAUUUAAAUUUAAAUUCUGAUUGGGCAUAAAUUAGUUGAAGAAUUUAAGUCUAUGUGCCAAAGUUCAGGCUAAGCUAAGUAUCGGUUUUUGAUUUAUCAGUUUUAAAAAACUCAAUAUUUUCUUGUUAUAUUUCGAAAAAAUUUGAAAAAUGUUAAUUAAUUAAUAAAUAAAAAAAUUUGACAAUAGUUAUUUUUCGAUAUUUUGUUACAGCGAACUGCAGUCUGAAAACACAAGAUAUCGGAUACAAGCAGAUGAUAAGAAUUGCCAUGAGUUGAAGUCGAAAUGAUUAUUAUUAUAAUAAUAAUUUGGACCAUUACAACUAAUAGUUUACUCUCAGGGAUCAUAGCAAUAACACGAGUUUCAAUAAAAUGGACAAUUGUGUUUAUACACCAGUGUGUUUUGUAUUCUUUAAUACUUUCAAUGAUGGAAACUAUUAUUCAUCAGAAUAUUUGCUUUAAAAUAACAACAAUGAGCUUAAUCUGUACAAGGACCUCCGCACUUCCAACAUGGAUUACAAUCUUUCUUGGAUCUGCAUCUGAAAGGUCCAUAACGAUGUGAUCGACCGCGAG